AUGGCAGCCCAGGUGCACAGACGUCAUGCUAUCGCUCCGAGCAGGAGGCUGGUGCAGGCGCCAGCAGGGGGCGAGGCUGGCCUCGUGGAGGUGGAGGACCAGGGAGGGGCCCUGUCCUCUGGCCGUGCGGCUCAGGGGGCUUUCUCUGUGGUCCGGCGCUGUGUCAAGCUCUGCACUGGUCAUGAGUACGCAGCAAAGAUCAUCAACACCAAGAAGCUGUCAGCCAGAGAUCACCAGAAGCUGGAGAGAGAGGCUCGAAUCUGCCGCCUUCUGAAACAUUCCAACAUUGUGCGUCUCCACGACAGCAUCUCUGAAGAGGGGUUCCACUACCUGGUCUUUGAUCUCAUCCCUGCCUCCUGUUUGCACCAUCGGGUCCCGCAAGGGGGCGUCUGCCCGCUGGGUCCUCCUGGGGGCAUGCAGCAGCCGAGCGGUGAGCUCAUCCUCAUCCCUGACAGCUCCCACCGCGCAGCUAUAUUUAGCGUCUGGAAUGUAGAGGCCAUGGGGCUGGGGGGUGGCCUUGCCCAGGCCCUGGUGGCAGACGGUCACUGCAUCCAGCAGAUCCUGGAGGCGGUUCUCCAUUGCCACCAAAUGGGGGUCGUCCACAGGGACCUCAAGCCUGAGAACCUGCUCCUGGCCAGCAAGUGCAAAGGGGCUGCAGUGAAGCUGGCGGACUUCGGCCUGGCCAUCGAGGUGCAGGGGGACCAGCAGGCUUGGUUUGGUGAGUGUCCUGGUGGGCUGGGGUGGGGGUGGAGGCGGCAGCCUGAGGCCGGCGCUCUGCUUUGCGCAGGGGUGAUCCUGUACAUCCUGCUUGUGGGCUACCCGCCCUUCUGGGACGAGGACCAGCACAAGCUGUACCAGCAGAUCAAGGCGGGGGCCUACGAUUUUCCAUCCCCCGAGUGGGACACGGUCACUCCUGAAGCCAAAAACCUCAUCAACCAGAUGCUGACCAUCAACCCCGCCAAGCGCAUUACCGCACACGAGGCGCUGAAGCACCCGUGGGUCUGCCAACGCUCCACUGUGGCCUCUAUGAUGCACAGGCAGGAGACUGUGGAGUGCCUGAAGAAGUUCAAUGCCCGAAGAAAGCUCAAGGGUGCCAUCCUCACCACUAUGCUGGCCACGAGAAAUUUCUCAGUGGGCAGACAGACCACCGCUCCAGCCACAAUGUCCACCGCGGCCUCCGGCACCACCAUGGGGCUGGUGGAACAAGCCAAGAGCUUACUCAACAAGAAAGCGGACGCGGUGAAGCCCCAGACGAACAGCACCAAAAACAGUGCAGCUGUGACCAGCCCUAAGGGGACACUCCCUCCAGCCGCCCUGGAGCCUCAAACCACCGUCAUUCAUAACCCUGUGGACGGGAUCAAGGAGUCGUCGGACAGCACCCACACCACCAUAGAGGACGAAGACACAAAAGCCCUCAGGGUCCCUGACGUCCUGAGCUCCACGAGGAGGGGCUCGGGGGCCCUGGAAGCUGAAGGCCCCCUGCCCACUCUGUUGCUCGCCAAGAACAGCAAGCCCAUCCACACGACCAUACUGAACCCGCACGUGCACGUCAUCGGGGAGGACGCUGCAUGCAUCGCCUACAUCCGCCUCACGCAGUACAUCGACGGGCAGGGCCGGCCCCGCACCAGCCAGUCCGAGGAGACACGCGUGUGGCAUCGCCGUGACGGCAAGUGGCAGAACGUGCACUUCCACUGCUCGGGCGCGCCCGUGGCCCCGCUGCAGUGA